AGAUUGUGGUUCUUUAUGGCAUAACGGUGGUAGUUGAAGAAAGGAGGUGAGGGCGAGGGGGUGCGGCGAGUGACUCGUGGGUGAUGUAAACAUGGCUUUUCUCGGCACCCUGCCCCGGCACUGGCGGAGCAUAGCCCAUGUGUCUAGACAGAGGAACUACAGUUUAGCCAGGCACGUUACUGUUAGUCGUCAUGUCCAUGCGGUCCAAUUGCAUGAACGGCCCAAGGUUGCUGCUACAGUGCUUUGUGUCAGGAGAGACCAGAUCCUCGCCCGCCCCAGCCUGGUUUCGCAGAUGCUAUGCAGGAGCUAUUGUUCCAGGCCUGGAGACGAUGGAGAAGGAACCAGCGGUGGAUUGCAAAAUGAGGAGAGAGCUGGUGGUGGAGCAGAAGGGCCUGUAAUGCAUAAUCUGCCAGCAACUAUGGCAGUACCUGAGGUGUGGCCCAAUGUGCCUGUCAUUGCCAUCAACAGGAACCCUGUAUUUCCACGUUUCAUCAAGAUCAUUGAAAUUUCUGACAAAGAGCUUGUGAAUUUAAUAAGAAGAAAAGUUCGAUUAAAUCAACCCUAUGCUGGAGUUUUCAUGAAAAAAAAUGAAAGUGAUGAAAGAGAGGUUGUAGACUCCAUGAAUGAAUUGUACCCUGUGGGUACAUUUGUGCAGAUCCAUGAGCUUCAAGACAUGGGAGACAAGUUAAGGAUGAUAGUGAUGGCACACCGACGCAUCACCAUGACUACUGUCCUUCCAGACCAGCCCAUGGAAGAGGAAGAGGAGUUAGCUAAAUCGGGCAAAACUAAUGUUGAGAUGCGGCUGCCCCCGUAUAACACCCCUGUUACUAUACCUAUGGAAGACAAGACUGGUGGACAGAGUGAAGUGAAGGAGAGCCGGGUGCAAAGGAUGUUGCGGCGGAGGAGGCACACGGAACAGCCAACACAGCCAGCAGAAGAGGCACCAGAGACUGAUAAAAGCACAGAAGCACCUGAAAAAAUUGAUGCAGCCACCCAGACCCCGCCCACACCUCCUCGAGUGCUUAUGGUGCAGGUGGAGAACGUGACUCAUGACAAGUUCCAAACAACAGAGGAAGUCAAGGCAUUGACACAAGAGAUUAUCAAAACUAUCCGAGAUAUCAUUGCCUUGAAUCCUUUGUACCGGGAGAGUGUGCAACAGAUGAUCCAGCAUGGCCAGCGUGUGGUGGACAAUCCUGUUUACCUGGCUGACCUGGCAGCUUCCCUUACCUCUGCUAACUCUAAUGAACUACAGCAAGUCCUUGAAGAAACAAAGAUUCCAGCAAGGCUCAUGUUGGCUUUGUCACUGUUGAAGAAAGAAUAUGAACUAAGUAAACUUCAAGCAUCUAUUGCAAAGGAAGUGGAGGAGAAGGUGCGGUCUCAGCACAGAAAAUAUAUGCUGCAGGAACAAUUGAAGGUAAUCAAGAAAGAGUUAGGCAUUGAGAAAGAAGAUAAAGAUGCUAUCGAAGAAAAGUUUCGUGCAAGACUAAAGGAAAAGCAGGUUCCUAAGGCUGUUCAGGAUGUAAUUGAUGAAGAACUCAAUAAAUUAGGAUUCCUAGACAACCAUUCCUCAGAGUUCAACGUCACCAGAAACUACCUGGAUUGGCUGACCACUCUGCCAUGGGGUAUUACUUCACAUGAGAACCUGGACCUCAAGCAAGCAAGAGAGAUACUGGAUGAAGACCACUAUGGGAUGGAGGAUGUGAAAAAGAGAAUAUUGGAGUUCAUAGCCGUGGCACAACUCAGAGGCACAACUCAAGGAAAGAUCCUUUGUUUCCAUGGACCUCCUGGUGUAGGGAAGACCAGCAUUGCUCGCUCCAUUGCACAGGCACUCAAUAGAGAGUAUUUCAGGUUCAGUGUUGGAGGCAUGACUGAUGUGGCUGAGAUCAAGGGUCACCGCCGUACCUAUGUUGGAGCUAUGCCUGGGAAGCUGAUUCAGUGUUUGAAAAAAACCAAAACUGAAAAUCCAGUGGUGUUGAUAGAUGAAGUGGACAAGAUUGGCAAAGGUUACCAGGGUGACCCCUCAGCUGCCCUACUGGAACUGCUUGACCCUGAGCAGAAUGCAAACUUUUUGGACCAUUACUUGGACGUUAAUGUUGAUUUGUCGAAGGUGCUAUUCAUCUGUACAGCAAAUGUAUUAGAGACCAUCCCAGAGCCACUACGAGACAGAAUGGAGAUGAUUGAUGUGUCUGGUUAUGUGGCUGAAGAGAAACGGGCUAUAGCUGAGAGAUACCUCAUUCCUGCUGCACAAAAACUGACUGGUCUCAGUGAAUCCAAUUUGUGUAUCCAAGAGUCAGCAGUUGAUGAGUUAAUACGGCAUUACUGUCGUGAAUCAGGAGUACGGAACCUCCAGAAGCACAUUGAAAGAAUAAUGCGAAGAGCGGCUUACAACAUAGCUAGCGGAGAGAGUGAAAAAGUUGAUGUGGCUGUUGACAACCUAGAAAGUUUUGUUGGUAAAGCAAAGUUCAGUCAUGACCGCAUGUAUGAUGAGACCCCAGGCGUGGUGAUGGGUCUGGCAUGGACUGCAAUGGGUGGGUCAACACUCUAUAUUGAGACAACAGCACGAACACUUGAAGGUGACCGUGAAGGUAGUUUGGAGACCACUGGCCACCUUGGAGAUGUCAUGAAAGAAUCCACUCGCAUUGCUUUCACUUAUGCCAAAGAGUUUACCUCAAAACACUUUAAUAUUAACUUAUUAGAAAAGUCCAACAUUCAUCUUCAUGUGCCAGAGGGUGCAACGCCUAAAGAUGGGCCAAGUGCUGGUGUCACCAUUGUAACAGCCAUGGUGUCACUUGCUCAGGGGAAACCAGUGAGACACAACCUGGCCAUGACAGGGGAAGUCUCUCUCACUGGCAAGGUGCUGCCUGUCGGUGGUAUCAAGGAAAAGACCAUAGCGGCUAAGCGCGUUGGAGUAAACUGCAUUGUCCUUCCAGCAGAAAACAAGAAAGACUUUAGUGACUUACCAGAAUUCAUUACAAAGGGUCUUGAGGUUCAUUUUGCUGACCAUUAUGAAGAUGUUUUCAGAGUUGCCUUCCCUGAGUAAACUAAGUGUGACAGGUUGUUGUAAAUUGUUUUAAUGAUUUUCUGAGUGAAAGUUGUAAAUUGUUUUAAUGUUGUUCUGUGUGAAAAAAAUGUGUAUAUGAGAAAGACAGCUAAGUAGUUACUAGGAAAGACAUCAUCCUCAUGCCUCCUGUAGAUAUAGAUGGCAUAUUGAAAAAGUGUGUUUAUAGGUUUGAUUUUUAUGUACAUUUCGUUUGAAAAUGCAUGUUAAUAAUGAAGGGGGAGUUAGAGGAACACACAUCCUAAUCCCUUAAGUUAAACCAGAUUAGUUAUGUUUAUUUUCUCCAAUUGUAUGUAAAUAGUGUAGAAAGUCACAUUCUAACAUAACCCAACUUGAAUUAGUAUUCUAUUUGCCACCAUAAACUUGUAUUAAUUCUCAUAUAUCAAAAUAAGCAUUGAGCUUCAAUUUACCUUAUAUUUUUGUUGUGUCUUUAAAGAUAUUCACAUAGAUUUAAUUUUAUUUACCUUCAACCUUUGUAGGUAUCAAUAUAACAUCAUUUUUAAGUAUCCCUUUAGUGAUCUCACAUUGUAUGUGCUCCAAAAGAUUAUAUAUAUAUAUAUAUAUAUAUAUAUAUAUAUAUAUAUAUAUAUAUAUAUAUAUAUAUAUAUAUAUAUAUAUAUAUAUAUAUAUAUAAGGACAAAUUUACACCAAAUUGGACCAAUUUUGAAUAAUGUUAUUCAUAUAACAAUGAACUAUAAUAAUGUUUCUUUAUUAUAUAAAUAUCUGACCACAAGCUGUGCACAAAUUACUAAGUGAUGCUUGAAUAUUCACAGACUGGAUAUGGUUUGGGGAAAUGGAGAUAUUGGAAAUUUCUAUGGAUUUCCCAUACAUAGCUUCACAUUUUUUAGCAUUAUACAGUGUAAAUGUUUAAGAGGAAAUAGCUACAUAUAUUGAUAAAUUAAGCGUUUCAGUUAACUAUCAGGUUCAUCAACUUUCAAUGUACGUUCAUGGUAGUAUAUUCAUAAUGUAAUAAUGGGACAACAAAAUCUAGGAAGUGUAAUUCCAUUACAUUGUCUUACUGUUAUAAGAGGCCUCUGCAGACCAUUUUAUUUUCACAUAUGAAUUGAAAAUAUAUUUUCCUUCUGUUUU